AUGCCUCAAGAGACCACACCAAGAUCGGCUGCGCCAUGGAUCGUUUCGGCGGCUGCUGCAGCCUUUGCAAUUGGUGUCGCGACAUCGCCUGAUAGCAUAAAGAACAUCCUAUUUGACAUCCAGGAUGCAAUUGUGACAUAUAAAGGUGGAAACGUUCCUCAGAUAUUUAUUCCACCGGGCUCUACGUUAGAGAGCUUAAAGGAACGGCCAUUUCACGUCCACCACCCUGACUUUUUGAAGAUUUUGGGCAACAGCCCGACCCUCACACUCAUCGCUGAUGCAGGCACGGAUCCUCUGUUCCAUGAAGCUGUAGUUUGGUACCCCCCUACGGAUGAGGUUUUCAUUGCACAGAGUGCUGGACCUUUAUCUGCUGGAACUGGACUAAAAAAGUCCAGCAUGCUAUCGAAGAUAUCCCUGAGUGAAGCUAUGGCAGUAUCAAAUGAGCGAAAUGCCGUUGGCAAAGUUCAAGUUCACACUGUUCCUACCGAGCCUCCUGUAAUAAACCCCAAUGGAGGAACAAACUACAAGGGCGCGAUACUCUUCACCGGCGAGGGGAUGGGCCCGGAUGUGCCGCCCACGCUAUUUAUAGCCAAUCCAAGAGCGCCGUACAACACUUCUAUUCUCGUCAAUAAUUACUUUGGUCGCCAAUUUAACUCCCUCAAUGAUGUCUCUGUUAAUUACAGAAACAAGCAUAUAUACUUCACGGAUACAAUUUAUGGCUAUCUUCAAGACUUUCGGCCAAAACCUGGCCUCCCAAAUCAAGUAUAUCGAUUAGAUCCAGCUACCGGAGCUGUUACCGUUGUAGCAGAUGAGUUUGUGAGCUGUAAUGGCAUCACAUUUUCUCACGACGGUCGAUACGCAUAUAUAACAGAUACUGGUGCAUCCAAAGCAUUUUAUGGCUUCGAUAACACGGGCGCCUCGACGAUAUAUCGUUAUACGGUCGCAAGAGAUGGAACUUUUGAGCAUCGAAAAUUGUUUGCAUAUGCUGCAGUCGGUUUUGUGGACGGAAUUCACUGUGAUUCUGAGGGCAAUGUGUAUGCCGGCGUCGGUGAUGGAGUACAUGUGUGGAAUCCUUCGGGGACUUUGCUGGGCAAAAUAUUCCUCGGUGAGGCGUCUGCAAACUUUCAGUUUGCGGGCGACGGCAGAAUGGUCAUCGGGGCUGAAACACAUUUGUACUACGCAACCCUGGCCGCAAAAGGCGCACCGAUCUCGUAA